AUGGCGACGGGGCGCCCGCGCGUGGGGCGACGGGGCGGGCGCGGACGAGGUGGCGCGCGAUGGCGCGUGGAUCGGUGGUGGACGACGGGGUCGGUGCUUGGCGUCGCGCUGUGCGCGCUCGCGCUCGCGCGUGGGGCGCCGGUGAUGGCGAUGGGAGAGACGACGUCGCGUGGCGCGGCGCGGCGCGCGUUGCGGUCGUUCGGGAGCGGGACGGGGAAGACGAUCGCGGAGCAUCGGGAACAUUUGUCCACGGGCGUGUCCAAGGAACUCGUGCAGCGCGUCGCGAAAGACGGCGCGGUGAUCGUGACGUGGGCGAACUCGCACUAUUACGAUUUCGCGUUGAAUUGGUUGCGGCAUCUCGACGCGCUCGGGGUUGAGAAUUACUUGAUCGGCGCGAUGGAUGAGGAGAUGUACGCGAAAUUGCGAAAGAUUGGCGUCCCGUGUUGGUUGAUGGGGUCGCAAGGGAUCGAUAAAGAGGCGGUGACGCGGGACUUUGGUUGGGGGUCGAAGAAUUUUCACAAGAUGGGUCGAGAUAAGAUUCGAUUGAUUCGGGACUUUACGAAGACGGGUACGGAUGUGUUGAUCUCGGACAUCGACGUGGCGUGGCUUCGGGAUCCAAUUCCGUUCUUUCGGCGUUAUCCAAAGGCUGAUAUCUUGGUGAGCACGGAUAAUCUGCGAAAUAUGACGCACGAGUCCCCGGAACAGAUCGCGAAGACGGUUGAUGGGGAGGGAUUGGAGCCGCCGUGCGCCGGGACGGCGAACAUCGGGAUGAUGUGGUUCCGGUCGACCUCUGGAAGUCAAGCCAUCACGGAUGAGUGGGUGAACAAUCUCGAGAAGGAUGACAAGAUUUGGGAUCAAGCUGAGUUCAACACGCUCAUGCACAAGGGCGGAUGUGGGAUGGAUAACGACGGCUCGGGCGUCGGUAAGGCGUACAACGGCAAGAUCAUGCUGGGCACACUUCCCGUGGCGCUCUUCAAUAAUGGACACACGUACUUCACGCAACGCCUGCCAGAGGCUAUUAACGUGAACCCAUACGCGAUGCACGCGACGUUUCAGUACGAGGGCACCCCUGGUAAGAGAAACCGCAUGCGCGAGGCCAAUCAGUGGUUAGGCGAUCGCGACGACGCGUCGUACUUUGAGCAAAAGUUCCUCUCGUACACGCCUCGCGUACUGAAGGGUGUCGACGUGACACAGUUUGAAAAACUCGGGUAUCCAACGAUGGACCAUCAGCUCAAAACGCUGGAAGAGGGUGAUCCCGUCAUUUUGGAACACAUGCGAUUGGUGCAGCACCAAAUCGCUCAGCUCUACGAAGCGGUGGCAGUUGCGAAAAGUCUCAAUCGAGUCCUCAUCGCGCCGCCGUUUUUCUGCGGACUGGACCGCGCCUGGUUUCCACACGGAGGUCGUUUCCCGGGAUCGAUGCUCACGCUUCCGUUUAUCUGCCCGCUUGAUCACGUCAUGGCAAUCGAGAGCUACGGGUCGAGUUUCGUUGAGGAGUAUCGAGAGUACUCGUUCCUCGGUCAUCCAGACAUGCCCAAGGAUACCGUUACGAAGGAGAACGUGCGACGCGUCGAGGUGGAGCCGACGGUGUCCUUCUCGAAGACUGCGCCCAUCGAUCCGAAGUAUGGCAUGUGCUUCCAAAAACGCGACAACGAGGGUAAAAUCAUAGACAAUAACGACGACGAAUGCGUGCCGGCGAGGAACAACGUGUUUCAAUCGGCGAAGGCUAUCAAGCUCUCGGGGCAGGUAGAUUCGCUCGAGGAUCUCGCUGCGGCGCUCGAUAGCGUCGUUAACGUCAAGUUCUUACACUUUGAUACCAUCAUCGGCGUCACGAAGAGCUCGCAGGCGUCGACGACGACACAAAUCAGAAUGGGCAUCUGGUGCUGUCGCAUGGGUAACCACGAAUUCUACAAGGUGGACAAAGUAGAUCUCUUUGAGAUAAGAGCGCCGGAGGGCAUAUUUCCGGAUGAGAGCGAGAUGGCAAACGCUAGCAAGACGCUCGCGCUACCGGCGUCUCGUUCAAACUCGACGAUAAUCGAGGGGAAUGAGACAAACGAGCCGACUCCCGAAGAUGACGCCGAGAGACACGAGGUGGAGAACGACGAUGCAAAAGAUAAAAUGAAGAAGACGGACGAGGAAAGGAAGGAAACAGGCGAGCAAACCGAUGACCAAACCGACGACCAAACCUCCUCCAGUCCAGACGCUGCGGCGAUUGAAGCAGGUCUCACAAAGUUCUUCAAAGGCGACCUCAAGAAGGUUGGCGCCGCGUUGCACUUGAUCGAAGAAGCGCACGACGCUGGACUGGAUAAAACAGACUAA